AUGGAGCUUAAUGUACUCUUUUUUAUACUUCUCUUUUGUUCUACUUUCAUCUCACACUUCACUUCAGCUGCUACACUAAAGCUCAACACUCAAGAAGUGAAGGCAUUGAAGGAGAUAGGAAACAAGAUUGGGAAGAAAGAUUGGGAUUUUGGAGUAGAUCCUUGUAGUGGAAAAGGAAAUUGGAAUGUUUCUGAAUCUGAUAAUUGGAAAGGUUUUGAGAGUUCUGUGAUUUGUGAUUGUUCUUUCAAAAACAAUUCUUCUUGCCAUGUUGUAAGCAUGUCCUUGAAAGAACAGAAUCUUUCGGGUAUUCUGGCGCCGGAGUUUUCCAAACUUCCCCAUUUAAAAAUAUUAGACCUUAGUCGAAACAUCAUCACCGGUUCUAUACCUCGACAAUGGACUACAAUGAACUUGGUUGAGUUAUCUUUAAUGGGAAACAGAUUAUCAGGACCUUUCCCUAAAGUUCUAACCAAUAUUACAACUCUAAAAAACGUGAGUAUUGAAGGAAAUUUAUUUUCCGGGAUUAUUCCGACAGAGAUUGGGAAGUUGAUCAACUUAGAAAAACUCAUUCUUCAAUCAAAUGCAUUCACAGGAGCGUUACCGUCUGCGCUUUCCAAGUUGACAAAAUUGAAUGAUUUGAGGCUAAGUGACAAUAACUUCUUCGGGAAGAUACCUGAUUUCAUUAGUAAAUGGACAGUGAUCGAAAAACUGCACAUCCAAGGUUGCUCUCUUGAGGGGCCUAUACCUUCCAGCAUUUCUGCAUUAACAAAAUUAAGUGAUUUGAGGAUAACUGAUUUAAGAGGUAGUAGAAGUUCUACUUUCCCACCACUAAAUAAUAUGAAAUCCAUGAAGACACUAGUUUUGAGAAGAUGCGCGAUUAAAGGAGAGAUCCCGGAGUAUAUUGGGGUAAUGGAAAAACUGAAAAUCUUAGAUUUGAGUUUCAAUAGCUUGAGUGGAAAGAUACCUGACUCUUUUACCGAGCUUGACAAAGUGGACUACAUGUACCUUACUUCGAACAACUUAUCAGGAACUAUACCGAGAUGGGUCCUUGAAAAUAACAAAAAUAUUGAUAUCUCUAACAAUAACUUCGAAUGGGAAAACUCAAGUCCACUCGAAUGUCCACGAGGGAGCAUAAACCUUGUCGAGAGCUACUCUUUAUUAUCGUCGAAGAAAAGUAACAUUCAUUCAUGUCUAAAACGGAACUUCCCGUGCUCGUCGGAUAACCCUCGUCGUUACUCCAUGCGCAUUAACUGCGGUGGUAGUGAAGCAAAUGUUAGUGGUAGUAUUUAUGAAGCGGACACGGAACGAAAAGGCGCUUCAAUGUUAUUUAUCACUAACGGUUGGGCUCUUAGCAGCACAGGGGGCUUCAUGGACAAUGAUAUAGAUUCUGAUCCCUACACUGUGACCAAUACUUCUAGACUUCUUAAUGUCUCUAUGAUCAACUCGAAACUCUACACAACAGCUCGCGUUUCGCCUCUUUCUCUCACAUACUAUGGCCUAUGUAUGAUAAAUGGAAACUACACUGUCAAACUUCACUUUGCAGAGAUUAUUUUCAUCAAUGAUAGGUCAUUUAACAGUCUCGGGAGGAGGAUAUUCGACGUCUACAUUCAGGACGAAUUGGUGUUGAGAGACUUCGAUAUCGAACAAGAAGCAGGUGGUACUGAAAAGGCGAUUGUGAAGAAAUUUAAUGCAACUGUCACACAGAAUACUUUGAGGAUUCAAUUCUACUGGGCUGGAAAAGGAACCACCGGAAUACCAACAAGAGGAGUUUAUGGACCUUUAGUUUCUGCUAUUUCAGUGGAUCCUAAUUUUAAACCUCCAUUAGAGCACGAAAACAACAACAGAACUUAUGUCAUACUACUAACAGUUGGCAUAGUCAGUGGCGUUUUAGUCGUUGUCCUUAUUAUGCUGGCUAUCAUGAGGAGGAAGGGAAUGUUAGGAGGCAAGGAUCCGGUUUAUAAAGAGCUUCAAGGUAUAGAUCUGCAAACAGGAUUGUUCACUUUAAAACAAAUAAAAACCGCUACCAAAAACUUUGAUGCAGAAAAUAAACUCGGCGAAGGUGGCUUUGGUUCCGUUUACAAGGGGCUACUAUCAGAUGGUACAGUAAUUGCAGUAAAGCAGCUAUCAUCAAAAUCUAAGCAAGGAAACCGCGAGUUCGUGAAUGAGAUAGGAAUGUUAUCUGGACUUCAGCAUCCGAAUCUUGUUAAGCUCCAUGGAUGUUGCGUCGAAGGGAACCAACUAAUACUGAUAUACGAGUACAUGGAAAAUAAUUGUCUAUCUCGCAUUCUUUUCGGGAAGGGAUCAGACAGGAAAACAAAAAUGGACUGGCUUACCAGGAAGAAAAUUUGCCUUGGUAUAGCUAAAGCUUUGGCUUAUCUCCAUGAAGAAUCCAGAAUUAAAAUCAUACAUAGGGAUAUCAAGGCAAGUAAUGUGUUGCUGGACAAGGAUUUCAAUGCCAAAAUUUCAGAUUUCGGUUUGGCAAAACUUAUUGACGAUGACAAAACACAUGUUAGCACUCGGAUUGCAGGAACAAUCGGUUAUAUGGCACCUGAAUAUGCAAUGCGUGGCUACUUAACUGACAAAGCAGAUGUUUAUAGCUUUGGCGUGGUUGCAUUGGAGACUAUCAGCGGAAAGAGCAAUACAAAUUACAGGCCGGACGAUGAAUUUUUCUACCUUCUAGAUUGGGCCUAUGUUUUACAAGAAAGAGGAAGUCUUCUGGAGCUAGUUGAUCCAGAUAUUGGUUCCGAUUAUUCAACCGAGGAAGCCAUGGUAAUGCUAAAUGUAGCUCUUUUGUGUACUAAUGCAUCUCCUACACUUAGACCAACGAUGUGCCAAGUUGUGAGCAUGCUUGAAGGUUGGACUGACAUUCAGGAUCUCCUUUCGGAUCCGGGGUAUUCGGCAGCCGGUUCAAGUUCAAAACAUAAGAGUAUAAGAAGCCACUUCUGGGAAAAUCCAAGCAGAUCACAAAGCAUGUCAAUACCUACUAUUUAUACCGAUUCCUCUGGCUCGCAUGUUGAAACAGAAGAGAACAAAAGUCUUUGUAAAAAAUGA